UUCCUAUAUGGACUCUACUUUUUCUUUUCUCCGAUUAAUGUGGAAAUUUCUAGGCCAUGAGAGCAAACGUGGUGGACCGUAGACUCUUCUUCCAAUAUUUCUACUUUUCUAAUUCCCAAUCUAUUAUUUCUAAUUAUAUUUCAAUAUGGACUCUAAAUUCAUUUUUAAAUAUUUUGUUUUUUCAAUUGUUGGGUUUAGUCCCACAUCGGUAAUUGAUGAUGGGGGAGCACGAUUUAAAAGGUGGGGACGGUCCUCACCCAUCAGACUGGUCUUUUGGGUUGUGUAGGCUCAGAACCUAAAGUUAUGGCUCUGGUUGGGCCAGUGGUGGAGCAUGCCCAAUGUGACCUGGGUGGCCCAUGGUUAGUGAGCCGAGCUGCGCACUCUAACAAGUGAUAUCAGAGCCUAGGUUGGGAACCUGAAACAAUUUCCAUGGGUCACAUGGUGGCGAGGCCAGGUAACAAGUCUUCGGGGUCACAUGGGUUGAUGUGACGGGGGAGAUUGUUGGGCCUGAUGUGUGACAGGGGCCCAUGGUUAGUGAGCCGAGCUGCGCACUCUAACAAGUGAUAUCAGAGCCUAGGUUGGGAACCUGAAACAAUCUCUAUGGGUCACAUGGUGGCGAGGCCAGGUAACAAGUCUUCGGGGUCACAUGGGUUGAUGUGACGGGGGAGAUUGUUGGGCCUGAUGUGUGACAGGGGAGAUUGUUGGGUUUAGUCCUCAUGAAGGAACCAUCCGCCGUGGCUGAUCCUCCGGCCGUCGUCGACGUCGCCGUGCCGUUGCCGGAGCUGAACAGGGACAUGGAGGCGCUCCUCCAGAGCGAGGAGGGCGCCGACGUGACGUUCGAGGUCGGCGGCGAGUCGUUCGCCGCGCACAGGUGCGUGCUCGCCGCCCGGUCGUCGGUGUUCCGGGCGGAGCUCUUCGGCGCCAUGAAGGAGAGCACCGCCGGCGGCGGCAAGGCGCGCGUGGACGGCGUCGAGGCGCGGGCGUUCAAGGCGCUCCUCCACUUCAUAUACACGGACGCGGCGCCGGAGUUGGACGGGAAGGAUCAGGAUGUUGGAAUAACUAUGUAAUCUUGAGCAUUUUAUAUUUCAGUUUUGCAUGCACGUAGUGGCUGGCUGAAGGUUGUUUUGGCUGGCCGGUAGAAUAGCUGUUUCCUUCUGCAUGUUUUCAGUUUUGGUUUAGCUGCCGAAUGACCCGGUUUCAGAUCGUGGGAUGGCGCGGUCAGUAGCCGAUCCGGGUUGCUCGUUUCUUUCAGUUGUGCAUGUAACAAACUCCGUUUUGGUGGAGGAGAAUAAAGAGAGAAAAACCGAAAAGCAGCCGAAGUUGCGCUGUACAAAAAAUUCUACUCUGUUCUUCAGUUUUUUGACGUUUCCUGAACUUCUUCAGGAGACCUCAUCCAUGGCGCAGCAUCUGCUCGUCGCGGCGGACAGGUACAACCUGGAGAGGCUGAAGCUGAUCUGCGAGGACAAGCUGUGCAAGCGGAUAGACGUGAGCUCCGCCGCGACCACGCUGGCGCUGGCUGAGCAGCACCGCUGCCCGAGCUUGAAGAAGGCGUGCAUGGAUUUCCUCUACUCACCCGGGAAUCUCAAGGCAGUGGAGGCGACGGAUGGGUUUGAGCAUCUGGCCACAAGCUGCCCCGUUAUCCUGAGGGAGCUAAUCGCUAAGCUUGUUGCGCUUUGAUUUCUUUUGAACAAAUUUUCUUGUUUCAUGUACCACUCGUACUUGUAUUUGUAUGAGUUUUAUAAUUAGGAGCAUGUAUGCUUUACCCUUGUAA